AUGUGGGUCGGCCCCACAUUUCUUUGGAGAACUUGCCGCCAUGCUUUCGCUAUCGUUCAACGCAACAAGACCCAACUUGGGGUCGGCUUUCGGCUGGCUGUUUUGUGUGAGGAUCGCCUCUACUUCAACCGCUUGAAUCGAUGGUCUUUGGAGAGAAUUGAGUGCGCAAAGAUUGGCUCAUUCUUCUCAAAUCUUCAAGUCAAAACCUUUUCCAUGGAAUUUUCGCCUCAAGCCAAAAACGAUGCUCGCUACUUGGUCACAAAUCGUUUGGGAAAGUUGACUUUCGAGUUCAAUUUUAGUCAUUAUUUGAAAGAGCAAUACUCAACUUUCAUGGAAAUCGCGAGAACCUGGAGAGUUGGUGCCUUGAAAGUGAAGUUGAAUCCACAAGGGGCGCCGAAACAACUCCAUAGAAGCAUCUUUUCAAUUGUCAGAGACAUCAACUUCAAGGAGCUCACUUUUUUGCUUCCAUCCCAAAGAGCAAUUCAAUCGGUACCCAUUUUGAAGCUCAAAAGCUUCCCCGAAAGAAAGCAUUUAAUUCCGAUGAGUUUCAAGCUUGAGAAAGAUACCCCGAGACAACCGCGAUCGGCGAGCUUUCAAUUCACGUGGAAAGGACUCGAGUUUGACCGUUUGCUCGAAGCCAUGCACAAUGAACAGAUAUUCUUGUUAUCGAAUGAAAGCUUCAAAGCGUUGAUCGAUAUCAAACCGGUUGACGAGGGUCAGAAAGUCAGCUUCAACAAGGCCUUAGAGUUACACCGAAACGAUUUUGGGUGCUCGGCCAGAGACGCGAUUCGAUUCAAGCAGGCAUGUCGAUCCGCCUAUCACUUCGUUGAGGCGUACGACCACGAGAUGCCAUGUAAUUUCGUGAUGGGCAGCUUUUUAUACACCGAUCGAUUGUAUUUAUUCUAUAAGAAGAAUGAUCGAAAGAUUGAAGGAAUUCCGAUAAAAAAGGUUGAACAUCAAUUCGAUCACGCGCGCUUCAAACAGUUAACGAUUAACUUCGUGAAAUUGUACCAUUCGACCGCUUACCUUGCCAAGAGCAGCACCGGCGGUCCGUACGGACCGUACAACAAAGAGGAGUUCCUCGAGAGCCACCGGGAAUGCCUUGGAAAUGAGGGUUUCUGGCACUUCACCUCGAUUGCAAAAACGUGGAAAAUAGAUCAUUUUAUUAUCAAGAUUCGCAGUGACGAGAUUUUUUGUGGUUAUUUCCAAGAGGAUUUGGUCAACUUGUGCAAUGAGCUACGAUGGGACGAGUUGGAAAUCCAUGCGAUGCACAGAAGAGAACGGUUUCUAGGCUGGGGCAGCAACGACAUUCGACCAGAAAAUAUUCCCCGUGAAAAAUACUGCAAAGCGAGGAUACAGUCGCCCGAAGCUUUGAAGCAAAAGCUGGAAAUUUUCGAAAUGAUUGUGGAGAGUGUACGUGGACGAGAUGAGUUGUCCAAUUAUGUAGUUGAUUUCCACUUGUAUGGCUCAACGGUUACCGGUUUUGGUUCCAAGAACUCGGACUUGGAUGUUUUUAUGAAUAUUGAAGCAAAUAUUCAUUCUGAGUUGGCUGAGAAGGAUGAUAAAAAUGGUUGUUUGGAGAAGAUUAAGAAGAUUUUGCGACGCAGCUCAUAUUUUGAUGGUCACUAUCGAGAGGUGGUGUUUCUCGCAAAAGCCAAGGUACCAAUCAUUUCGAUGACCUUACUCGAGAAAUUCAAUCACAUCAAUGUGGACAUCAGUGCGAGUUCGCUUGAAGGAGUGCACAACUCGUAUUUAUUCAAGCACUACAAUAUGAUCGAUGAACGCUUUGCUCAACUCUAUCUUAUGGUAAAGGAAUGGGCGACGGUGAACGAUAUUUGCAACUCACAGGCUGGCUCGUUAAAUGGAUUCUGUUAUUGUUUGUUGGUGCUUCAUUUUCUCCAGAGUGGAGUCACUCCACCCAUUCUUCCGAAUCUUCAAAAAUUGUUCCCUGAAAAGUUUGCAAUGACGAGAAGGUUGGAUGAGUUGCAAAGGGAUACAGACGAAAAACUGGAUUUCGAUAGAGAUUCUAUCAACGAGUCAACAAUUGGUGAGCUUUUCCUGGGAUUUUUCGAGUACUACAAGAAGUUUUCAUGGAAGACAAAAGGCAUUUCGAUACGACGAGGGGAAACUUUUUUAAGACCCAAUGAGAACAAGGACUAUGUUUAUGUGGAGAAUGUGUUCAGUGAAACGAAUGCGGCUCGAGUACUUCGAACUCACCGCAGCUUCAAGAUUUUUCUGUAUGCAAUUGAGAAGAUGGUGGAGAAUUUCUCAAAAACCGCAUCACUUGAUGACAUUUUAAAAAAGAUUGAAAUUCCAAAAGGCUUGAUGAGCCUCAAACAAUUGGAUAAAGAAAAUAUCAGGAUUCAAGGAAGAAAGAGAAAACAAAUCUUUCAAAAUGCGGUUGGGAGAGUCGCGUCGACGCUGACGAGAAGGGAAUCAAGAGAUUUACAGAUCACCGCAAUCAGCGACUCUGCACUGAAACAAUUGGAGUUGAAGGACAACAAUGGGACCACUUCGCUGUAUAAGGACAAAUCAAACGUCUUCUACGUGAUUUAUCGCCCGACGAAAAAAGUGAUCAUCAAAAACCCAAUCCGACAAUUGCCUGACAACGAGCUGGAGCGAAUCGCUGUAUUUACUCUCAAAAAUCCGAGUUGGACUGAGAUCCAUUUGGCGGCGGCGCUCGGACUGACCCGAACGCUGAGCUUUCUCUUCGAAAGAGACGCUGUUGUGGUUGUGAACACGCCCACCGAGGACGGACUUUUACCGCUGCACAUUGCUUGCGAGUACAAUCAGUAUGAAGCGGCCAUGUUGUGCACAAAAGCCGGCGCUCAAGCUUCAAAAAUGAACGCUCGAGGGCAAACAGCGUACCAUUUAGCGGCAAAAAGUGGAGAUAUGAGAUUAAUGAAGGCUCUUCUGUCCACCAAUACAGCGCAAGCCAUUCAACUUUGUGUCACCGCCGAAGACAUGUCUGGUUUCACUCCACUCCAAGAGGCCAUCUGCAAUGAGAAUCUGGAAGGAUUACAG